AUGGCCGAGAAUCGGCGGGAUGCACAGAAGAUGUUCGAUAAGUACUUGCUGGAUUACAUGGUGAAGCGGAACAUGCACGAGACCGCCGCGCACUUCAGAGUCGAAAGCAACGUUCCGCAGGCGGAAGUCCAUACUGAUACGGAAGAAGGGUUUUUGCACGAAUGGUGGACAAUAUUGCAUGACAUGAUGACCUCUAGGGAGGGUAGGAGUGGAGAGGUCCCGCCACCGCCAAUGUUCAAUGUACCGAUGAUCAUUCUGAAAUUUGAAAUACCCUUUUAA